AGAAACCGUUGAUCUGGCAUUCGCCACAGUCGCCUCUCUCAUUCUUUUUCAUCCAAGAUGGCGGGGGACGAGUCUGGUACAACGCUUGGUCAGCCUCACCUGGCUAAACAAGACCUCAGUUCUCUGGAUGUGUCAACUUUGACGCCUCUCUCUCCAGAGAUCAUCAGCAGACAGGCCACCAUCAAUAUUGGCACCAUUGGCCAUGUGGCCCAUGGAAAGUCGACAGUAGUGAAGGCUAUCUCUGGUGUUCACACUGUCCGAUUCAAGAAUGAGCUGGAGAGGAACAUCACUAUCAAGCUAGGGUAUGCUAAUGCAAAGGUCUAUAAACUGGAAGACCUCAGCUGUCCCAGACCAGAGUGCUACAGGUCGUGUGGCAGCAGCACUCCAGAUGAGUUCCCCACAGAUAUCCCUGGAACCAAGGGCAACUUCAAACUGGUCAGACAUGUGUCGUUUGUGGACUGUCCCGGUCACGACAUUUUGAUGGCAACCAUGUUGAACGGAGCUGCUGUCAUGGAUGCAGCCCUCCUGCUUAUUGCGGGGAACGAGUCGUGUCCUCAGCCCCAAACGUCGGAACAUCUGGCAGCCAUAGAGAUCAUGAAGCUAAAGCACAUCCUCAUCCUGCAGAACAAGAUCGACCUGGUGAAGGAGAGCCAGGCCAAAGAGCAGUAUGAGCAGAUCCUGGCCUUUGUCCAGGGCACAGUGGCAGAGGGUGCUCCUAUCAUUCCCAUCUCAGCCCAGCUCAAGUACAACAUUGAAGUGGUUUGUGAGUACAUCGUGAAAAAGAUCCCCGUGCCCGUUAGAGACUUCACCUCUGAACCAAGACUUAUCGUCAUUAGAUCUUUUGACGUGAAUAAACCUGGCUGUGAAGUCGAUGACCUGAAAGGAGGCGUGGCUGGAGGAAGUAUCCUGAAGGGUGUACUCAAGGUAGGGCAGGAGAUUGAGGUGCGGCCAGGCAUCGUUUCCAAAGACCAGGAAGGAAAACUGAUGUGCAAACCCAUCUUCUCCAAGAUCGUGUCUCUGUUUGCUGAGCACAAUGACCUGCAGUACGCUGCCCCCGGAGGCCUUAUCGGUGUGGGCACUAAGAUUGAUCCGACUCUGUGCCGAGCGGAUCGUAUGGUCGGUCAGGUGCUGGGUGCCGUCGGAGCGCUGCCUGAGAUCUUCACGGAGCUUGAGAUCUCCUACUUUCUGCUCAGGAGGCUGUUGGGAGUCCGCACAGAGGGAGACAAGAAGGCUGCCAAGGUCCAGAAACUGUCUAAGAAUGAAGUCCUGAUGGUGAACAUUGGCUCGUUGUCGACUGGUGGCCGUGUCAGCGCUGUCAAGGCCGAUCUGGCCAAGAUCGUCCUCACCAAUCCAGUGUGCACAGAGGUCGGAGAGAAGAUCGCUUUGAGUCGACGUGUGGAGAAACACUGGCGUCUGAUUGGCUGGGGACAGAUCAGGAGGGGUGUGACCAUCACACCCACAGUGGAUGACGACUGAGAAGACCAAACCCUGAACAUCACCCUGACGACACAACCAAUUCUUCUCUACUCUUUUUUUUUAAUUUUAUUUCCAAUAAGGACGGGAACAGAAAGGGACAUGUUGCUGGUAUAAAGACACCUCCCGGCUCUGCUCUUCUUACUCUGCAAGAAAUGUUGAGUUCCUUCUGCAGGAGAUAAAGAAGAGCAGAAAAGCAUAGGAGGUUCUUUAGACAGUCAUAACAAUCCUUCAGAGACCAGGAGUCCGUUCAGUAGAGAAGAGUCUUGUACUGACCACAGAUUGCAGAUCUAAUAAAAUUUGGAAGGAACGCA